AUGACUAGCUCUCGACACUUUAAACUUGUUUUUUGCAAAAAAAUUUUAACCCAUGCAGAUGCUGCUGUUGAUUUUUUUGUGCUAUCCUUAUUAAUUGUAGUCUUACUAACAUUAGAUGCAAUAGGUGUAGCAUGCUAAACUUUGUUGCGUUGAUGAAAAAACGCACCAUAAAAAUAUGUGGCAGCCCUUUCUAAUAGGAUAUUUAAAUAUUUGAAAUUAAAAUUAUUUUCUCUUAUAAUCUGAAUAUAUGAUUGAUUAGUUCAUAUAUUCUAAGAAACAUUUUUUAUUUGUUGGCUUUGCCACUCGUGAAAUAAUAUGUUGAAAUGCAGCGCCUGCUGGAACAUGGUAUUAAGCUUUUAUGUUUUCAUUUGUCAUAUAUCACAUAUCUAAAAUACAAUUCCAAUUAACUUCUAUCUCUAUCAUUAUUCUAAUGCAGCAACUAAAGGUGCUAUCUGAUCUUCUGGUAUCUGUCUCUAAAGUUGAGAGACAAGAAGCAAGGAUGAAAAUAAGGCAAGAAUCCUUGAGGCUGGGCAUUGUUAGUAUUAUCAGAGAAGGAACAGUCAUUUCAGAGAUUUGGGAGGAUGGUCAAAUGCUGAAGGAUAUUAAUGCUCAUCUGAAAUCUUUCAUUUUAUAUCUCCCAACCAUUUUUCUAUUCAUUUGUUAUUCAUUAGUGAUAAACUUUGUUGAAUUACGGUUCUACAUGACUUUUUUGUUUGUAGACAAGUGUGAUGGAAGUGAUAUUGAAACUGGAAUGUCAGAAGAAGAUUUUCUUAUACAAGAUGAAAUUUGCAAAUCACGCUUAGCAAGCAUCAGACGUGAGGAAGAAAAUUUUCUCAAAGAGAGGGACCGUUAUGAAUCGGAGAAGGCAAGGCUUAUUCGCGAAAUGAAGCGAGUAAGGGAUGAGGAUGGCUCACGCUUUAAUAAUUUCCAAGUUCUUAACCAACGAUAUGCUCUUUUAAAUCUACUGGGAAAGGGUGGCUUCAGUGAGGUUUACAAAGCUUUUGAUUUGGUGGAGAACAGAUUUGUUGCGUGUAAGCUUCAUGGUUUAAAUGUUCAGUGGAGUGAAGAGAAAAAACAGAGCUACAUACGCCAUGCAGUUCGGGAAUACAACAUACACAAAACACUGGUUCAUCCUCAUAUUGUGCAGCUGUGGGACAUAUUUGAGAUUGAUCAUAAUACUUUUUGUACUGUCUUGGAGUACUGCAGUGGUAAACUAGCUUUCAUUUUUACUGUUUUCGGCGAUUUCCUUAAAUAAAGCUGAUUGCUUUGU